AUGUAAAAUAAAUAAUAUUUUAAACCCCUCACUAAAUUGACUUUCGCUAUAUUUAGAUUUCUCUGGACAUAAUAGCAUUUUGAAUGAAAAUUGUACGAGGAAAGUUUGAUAAGUGCGUUAGUUUUUGAAAAUUAAAUACUUAUCCUGGUGCUUGUCAUAGAGCUUCUUCAACCUUCGGACUAUACAUUUUAGCUGGUGAUUUAGUUUAAUGAAUCAGAUCGAGCAAUCUUUAAGCUGAUUCCAUCUAUGCAUCCAUGAUAGAAACACACUAUUUUCAUUUAUAUAACAUACAAGUAAUAUAGAGCACUGUUAUGUCUUCAUCACCUUGGUUCGUUCUCCAACUAAGAUCAAAACGAUGAAAUAAAUUUAACAAACGUUCAGAAUCGAUUUAAAACUUGUCGCGUGAAUAUAGCCGAUUGGAAGUAAUUACAAUCAUUACGAAAAAUCCCCAGAUAAGCCAAUUAAAUUUGCUGCUUAUAAGUUCCGUACAUUUUAAACAGAAUCAGACCUAUUUGCUAUAUAUUCACUUAGAAGAGUCCAUUGCCAUGAGUCUUAACAUACUUGGUCUCUGCCAGCGUACUCAUAUUUUGAUUACUUUUAAGGCGUUGCAUAGGUUUUCUCAAGCAACAAACGGACUAUUUCCAAUAAUUUUUAUUUCAUAUAAAUAAUGAAAUAAUUUAUUCAGACUUUUUAUUAUUCCAAAGACACUACAUAUGUACAUAUUUUACAAAGAUUAUGUGAAAUUUUCAAAGCAAAAUAUUCAAAACUCGGCCACUACGACGUCAUUUUCGCCAUACCCUCGCAAAAAAGGUGCCUUCGCGUUGAGAACAGAACUUCUUACAGGAUCAUAUGAAGUAAAUAGAAAAAAAUACGUGUUUUAAUUAAGAACAUAAACUAGGUUUUGAACGAAAUACAAAAGGGAAAAUUUUAUUUACAAAAAAAAAGGAAAUUUUGGUGAAAAUUUCGAUGUUUUUUUUUUGUUUAAAUAUGAAUUAUUGUAUUUGAUUAAAUGAAAAUUCCAUCGCUGAAGACCUUGUAAAUUCUAUAUGAAAGAGCUGUGUAAAAUUUUCCAAAUUGUGGCUGUAUCCCCAAGGCUAUUGCUCGGAUCAAGUUGAGCAUUUAGGACAAUAUUCUAGAGAUGUUAUAGAAUUAAAUAAGACAAUAAACAAAAUAGAUUUUUUGAAGCCGUGGUUGAAGUUCGUCCAAUACAAAUUCGAGUGAUUAGGCGCAGUUCCGAUUAGUUAGUUGAGUUGUCUAUUACAUCAGCUGCCUUACUCUUAGAUGACGAUCUCAUUUAGUCUCGAUAUGCUCACAAUAGUUCUCAGCAUAGCACAUCUUAUGAAACAAAAUUGAUGGUGUUUGGUCGGUUUUAAACCAUCUACAACUAUUAACUAUAUGUAGUUAGUCCAAUCAGAGAUGGUAGUUGACAACAACAGAGUUAAAACGCAACAAUUCAAAAUCUUCACCGAAUUAUCAAACUGCCUACGUAUUCCUUCGUCUAUUGUGACAAAUAUGUGCGUACGCUUAGCCAGUGGUUAAUAAAUCAAAAAAUUUUGAUUACUUAGUUCGAAUUAUUCUAUGAUGCUUAUCAGUAGAACAUGUACAUUAUGUCUUCAGUAUUCAGUAUCGAAGCGUAUGUCUAAUUGACGCGUCGUUGAACGAGGACAAGUAUUUCUUUGCCAGUUUUGCUAGUCGAAAAAAUUAGUUUGAUAAGAUACCCAUUCUCCUAAGCGGUGCUAAGAAAGUGUUCGGUCACCUCAGUUGUGACUGAGACGUUGUGUGAAGUUGAACGUUUCGAUUGGAUCGUGAAGUGAAAAGUGUUCAAUAUAAAUCUGAAUACAUAAAUCCGUGAAACAUUAAACUUAUAGUGAUAAAAAAACAAAAACAAUGAAAAUAGAGUGGGCGCCGGUGCAUGUGCCACCAAAGCGACGACUGCAGACUCUUGCUGCAGGUCUCUACGUGCUGAUAUUUAUGGUUGUGCCGAUCAUAUCAGUACUUAUCAUUACAUCGUUGUUGUAUUAUGGUAAUCUAUUUUGGAGGCUUUUGACUCUGGCAUACUUGACUUAUGUUUACUUCGAUCAUACGAGGAAUUUCAGUGAUAUUAAUGGCAAUGGCUUUAUGAUAUUUCGUAGUAAUUGUAUAUGGAGUAACUUUCGUGAUUACUUUCCCAUUGAAUUGAUAAAAACCGCCGAUUUGAGCGCCGAUCGCAAUUACAUUUUGGCCAGCUUUCCACAUGGAAUAAUAGGCACCGGCAUCACCUGCAAUAUGAGCAGGGAUAUAAAACAAUGGUUGAAACUAUUUCCGGGCAUACGUCCCAAAAUCGGUACUCUAGAUAUGCAUUUUUACACACCCAUUUUCCGCGAAGCUCUACGUUACUGGGGUAUGGUCUCGGUCUCUAAGGAAUCAUUGAUGCAUUAUCUAUCAGCCUCGAAUCAUCCGAAACAUGCCGUCAAUCUUGAUGGUUUCACUUCGAAUGCUGUCGCGAUUUUGGUGGGUGGCGCUCAAGAGGCUUUGGACUCACAUCCGGGACGUUAUAUAAUUACGCUAAAAAGGCGCAAAGGUUUUGUCAAAUUGGCCAUACGCACAGGCUCACCUAUUGUACCGACAUUCUCCUUCGGCGAAGUGGAGAUAUUUGACCAAGUCAAUAAUCCACCCAACUCAUUUUUGCGACGCUUUCAAACUUUAACCAAGAGACUAACCGGUAUCUCGCCUUUGAUUGUUUUGGGGCGUGGUUUCUUCCAGUAUACCUUUGGAUUUCUGCCGCAGCGCAAGCAUAUCGUGCAAGUUGUUGGCAAGCCCAUUGAGGUCGAAAAGAACGACAUUCCCGACCCCGAGUAUGUGGACAAAAUUCACAAGCAAGUCAUUGACCAGCUGACGGAGAUGUUUGAGAAAUACAAAGAAAAAUAUAUAGAAAAUGGCAAAAAUGUCAAUUUAGUGAUUACAUAACGUAUGAGCUCUUUAUUGCAGCACAUAUGUUUGCUUGUGUGUGUAUUGUUAUUUAAUUUUGUAAAUAAGUAUUAGCAGAUAACGUGUGUGAGCACUAAUUUGUUAAAUUA